AUGAUUGACGGAUCUCCGGACAAGUUGUACAAGAGGCUCGAGGAACUGGGGAGAGGAUCAUUUGGAAAGGUAUAUAAGGUCCAACAUCGGAGAACAGGAGAGUUCUAUGCUUUGAAGCUUGUUGCGUAUCAUGGAAUGAGCACCAAACUGUACGACAUGCAGACGUCAGAAAUAGAGCUUCUUACAUCUGUUCAUCACCCCGGGAUUAUAAACUAUCAUGAAGCAUACGAUGAUCACGAAAAUAAGGAGUUCGGUAUCAUAAUGGACAUUUUCACCAAGGGUGACCUACACAGCUACAUUAACAAAAAGAGGGUCACUAAGGCAUCUGUUUCAGAGCAAAGCAUAUGGGCGAUUCUUUCACAACUUGCCUAUGCCCUGUCGUACUGCCACAGCAAGACACGUGCCCAGGGGAUCGAGUUUGGGGUUGUAAUUCAUCGAGACAUAAAGCCUGAAAACAUCCUGAUCAGCGAUGAUGGCAGAGUUGUUUUCUCGGAUUUCGGUAUCUGCAGGGCUCUCGAAGAGCGUAAGGCAACGGGAACAAUCGUGGGGACCGUCGCAUAUCUUGCCCCCGAGAUUGCUAGCAUGAAAUCCUACGAUGAAAAGGUUGAUAUUUGGUCACUCGGAUGCACCAUCUACGAGCUGUGUACGAAGACAUUGCUCUUUCGUGCCAAGAACAUAUCUGACUUGGCGAACAAACACAAGGAAUUCAGUUCUGAGUCCCUAAUCAUUCAACAUCACGGAUAUAGCGAGCAGCUAGAGACAGUGCUCAAAGCAAUGCUUCAAGUGGAUCCCACUGUUCGCAUAUCUGCUGCAGAAAUCUGUCACAUCGAUAGAGUGCGCGUGGAGCUCGAUAAGUUCAAGCAGAUGAUGGCCGAGAAGGGGAAGCCUAUACCCCAGGAGGUCCCCGUGCCCAAUGCGCCCCAGACCCCCGUGAAGCAGGCGGUUUCAGCUUCGCCCUCGCCGUUCGCGCAUCUCAAGUGGAGCACCAGCAAUUCACAACAAGAACAGCGCCGCCUUCCUCAGAGUAGACCAAUGAGCCCCCCGCCUGUUGAGGAUGUGCGUCCUCGCAAAGUCCCUCCGCAGAAUAAUCCAUCAAUAGAUGACCUUAUUCUUGCUGUCAGACAGAAUAAUAUCACAGACAUCCGAAACCUUUCGAAAACGCUGGCCCGUAAGACAGAUAGCUCUGGCCGGUCAGCAUUAAUGCACGCUGUUAUAAUGGACAGAAUAGAGGCGGUAAAGAUCCUCGCCCCCUUAGAGUCUGGACUGAUGGACAAGAGUGGACGUACCGCUUUGCACUAUGCAUGUGCGAAGAAGGAGCCAAAUAAGCAAAUGCUCUUGCUUCUCGGAGAAGUUGAGGGCCGUGUGGUGAACUCAAUUGGAAGAACAUCGCUGAUGCUUUUGAUAAAGGACGGGCGUAAAGACGUUGCACAGCUCCUGGUAAACAAGUCGUAUGGCGUUCAGGAUGUGGCAGGCACCACAGCACUGAUUCUGGCUAUACGUUAUGGGCAGACAGACAUAGCCAUGCAACUAGUGCACAAAGAACAGAAGCUUGUGAUGAAGAAUGGGUGGUCGGCUUUGAUGGAGGCAGCACAACAGGGAAAUGUCACCGUGGCAAGAGCACUAAGAAACGCUGAGUUUGGACUCAGGGGCAACAUGGAAUGGACCGCGCUCAUGGUCGCAGCAGCUCAUGGCAGUGACGGGGUCUGUAAGAUUCUAAUGGACGUCGAAGGAAAGCAGCGCGAUACCCUGGGAGAAACAGCACUGAUGAAGGCUGCGCGGGCUGGCAAGUCAAACUGUGCGCAGGUUCUUCUUCGUGCUGAAGGAAAGCUCGUACGGCCGGAUGGGAAGAGUGCACUGAUGUGCGCUGCAGAGGCCGGCCAUACAGAGUGCGUUCGUGUACUCUGUGCCACUGAAGCAGGGCUAAGGAAGCAGGAUGGCCGCACGGCCCUGAAGUUCGCUCUCGAACGAGGACACACUGAGUGCGUCGAUCUUUUGCGGCCCUACGAAGAUGUCACCUCCCCACGACAAGAUGUUAACUGUACGGGAAAACGGAAGUAA